AUAAAAUUGUAUUCGCUCCUCCAAAAAUGAGUUUUGCGUCAUCUUCCGUGGGAGGAUUAAAAAACACUGAAGAUAAGAUAGCCCAAGCGAAGAACAGCAGGUCUGAAGGAUUGCGACAACGUCAAGAUGAUGUAUCAUUUCCGAGGACUGGCAUCAAGGAUCCUGAGAUCCGGGCGCCCCGUGGACCUACGGGUGGACGGGGAUUCGUAGGUAGGGAAGCGCUUCGAGAUCGUACCCUAACUGAAAAGACACUUAAAGAUUCAACCGCGUCUCUACAUAACACUCAUGGGAGAGGAUUUGGUCACUCACGUUCUCAAGAAACGACCAGGAAUAAUCGAAGAGACGGUGGAGUUAGCGGGAAAGAUUAUUUGGGUAGAACAAAUUAUUCUAGACAUCAAUAUUCAGAUGAUAAGUCAGAAACACCCGAAUGGAUGAAUUAUAACCCACUGACUGACGAAAAUUCUAAGCACGGAGAAAAUGGUGAUUUCGAAGAUAAAAGACACUUUGACAUGCAAGCUUGGAAAUCUUCGAUGAAAGAACAGGAUAAAGAAAGAAAAGACAAGGAAAGGAUGAGAUCUGAUAAAGAGAGAAAAGAGAGUGGCGAGAAAGCAAGAGCUCGAAGUGUUUCCCGGGCUGACAGUAGUACAUCUUGGCGACCAGGAAAUAAA